CAAGGUUUGCAGAAGACUGGUUUCUUGAACAUGACAAUGAGUUCACUGUACUCCAAUGGCCUCCACAGUCACCAGAUCUCAGUCCAAUAGAGCACCUUUAGGAUGAUGUGGAACGGGAGAUUAUCAUCAUGGAUGUGCAGCCGACAAAUCUGCAGCAACUGUGUGAUGUCAUCAUGUCAAUAUGGACCAAAAUCUCUGAGGAAUGUUUCCAGCACCUUGUUGAAUCUAUGACACCAAGAAUUAAAAAGGGCGUCCACCCUGGUCCUAGCAAGGUGUACCUAAUAAAGUGGGCAGUGAGUAUGAUUCUCUUCUUUCUCUUUCUCUGUAGGUAUUUUCCCUAUGAGGAGGAAAACAAUCACAAACUGGUGAGAGAGAUAGGGAAUGUGACCAUGGGGCUGGAGAUCACCUUCCAGUUCGCUGUAAAACCAGAAUUUAUGGAAGUUUUUCUACAGAAGGACACACUUCCAUUCCAACUCCAGCUGAGCUUCAAGACCAGAGACCAAGACAAAGUCACUCGUGUUAUCACUGAGCAGCGACCAGUUACUACCUGCAGUCGGAUUUGGGCUGGAAGCCUCAACAUGGCGGUACUUGGCGUUCACUGCGCUCAACUCUGUGCCAGUUUAACCAUGGAGGGUCGAGUGGAGGAAGCACAGAGGCAACUAAAGGCACAGCAAGACCUGCACAAAUUAAUCAGUAAGCAGAGGCCAAUCAAAAAGGAAGAAAGCAUCUAUGGCAACUGGAUGGACACCAUGACAUCGAUAUGUGAUGACAUCACCAUGGAAUCACGGACUCUCUCUGAUGAAGCAGCUAAGGUAAUGUACCAGAUGAAGAGAGCCAGCAGUAACAGCAACUACAGCAACACAACUGAGGUCCAGAAGAAGACCAGGAGGAAGAAGAAGGCUCUCGUGGAGGGAAUGUAAAGACCAACAAAUAUGGAGACUUGAUUUCAUAUUUAGCUCAGGUGGCCACAAGUUUUUAUUUAGCACGUGCAGUACUAGAAGGAGCUUCACUGUGAAGCUGACUGAACUGGAAUAAUAUUGGAAUUAACAUGUAAAAUCAUUACCACAAAUGAUUUAUGAAAUAAUGUAAUACUGUGUAUUGUUGACUGGUAAUUGAUUUGAUAAAUCCAAAGUGUACUUGACUUAGACAGAAGCAUAUGUAUUACUGUAUUAGCAUACAGAUUUUAUUGUGCAGCUCCUUACAGUGUCAGAAAAUGGCUGCACUGCAGGAAGCUGUGGCAUUUCAGUGUUAUAUACGGUUUAACGUAACACUCCAAACCAUAGUUGUAUGUACUGUAUGUACACACUUGUGAAAUAAGACAAAAAUCUUUAAACAAUAUUAAAACAUACCACAGAUUACAACAUCAA